UUUUCAGAGCGUAUGCCUUCAGAUCAAUAGGUUUAGUUUUUGGGUUAGUUCUUCAGUAUGACUCCUUAAAACUCCAAAGAAAACACCGAAAUACCAAACCCUCAACUGCCGUCGAAAUGCCAAAGUGUGGAAAUGACGCCGAAAUACCAAUACCCAAUCAAUCAAUAAGCUUCGUAUUGUCCGGGAUUAAUUUUUAGCAAAAUUGUUCAUAAAAAUUUCUGAUAUUUUUUUUUAUUUUUAAUUAUUUUUGGUGUAAAUAAAGUAUUUUUUAAAGAUUACAUUUUUUCGACUUGUUUCUUUUCUUAUUAAUAUUUUUUAAUUUUUAUUUUAGUUUAAUUUUUCUUUCUUUUUGUAUAAUGCAUGCUACACCUUCCCCAAUUAAAAAGAAUGGAAGUUUUACAAAAUCUCCAUCAAGGAAAAGCGAUCAUAAAAAUGUUGGAGGACAACACAAAGCGAAAGUUGAGCUUUCCUCAUCCAAAAAUGAUUCAAGAUCACCUCCACAUCUAAGGUGUUUGCCUCAAGCUCGUGUUCGGCAUAUAAUGGAAUGUUCACCUGGAGGAGAAGAUUUAAAAAUGUCGGAGGAUGGAGUGAUAGCAAUGGCUAAGGCUGCGGCUUUAUUGAAUUAUUGGCACGAGGAGCAUAUGCGGAAACAACUGGAGUAUCUGUCAAUUACAAUCAUUUGUCAAACUAUGUCCAUUCUAGCGAGGAAUUUGAUUUUAUACAAGGUUGGCGUGAAUUUUAAUUUUUUGAAAUUUAUUUUUCCGAAGGGCAGAGUGGGACUGACUUGUUUAUUCGGGUAGAAAUCUUAUGGGCUUUUGAUUUUUUGGGUAGAAAUCUGACACUGGUGAUUUUUCUAAAGAUAUUUUCUAUGAGGGAUUUUUACUCGAUUAUUUUU